AGUUUGGCUGCUGUUGGUGUUGGUACCGUUGGGUUGGUGUGUGUCGAUCUUUACCGAGGGAUAGCCAGCCAGCCUCAUCCUGUCGGUUUAUAUGUUGGCCUACAAACCUCUGCAAGCUGGAGAGCAAACACGGGCAGCUCGAUGUUCAGUAUAAGGCGGCGACGCCGCAGAAGAAGAUGAAGAAGCGGAAGGAGCUGAACGCCCUUAUCGGUCUCACCGGCGAUGGCAAGAAGAAGAAGUCGAAGAAAGGCUCCGGGCACCAGCUGCUGCUGCGGACCGAGGCCACGGCCUCCGACUCCGAAUCCACCUCCGAGUUUGACGAGUUCGCGCAGCCAGCUUCCGGCUCCCUGUUUACAAAGGGAGGCUACGUAAGAUGUUGCAAAAUUUGUUAUCCACUAUGUGCAUUUGUUAUGCUUGCUGCUUGCGUAGUGGCAUGUGUUGGUUUGGUCUGGAUGCAAGUUGCCCUCAAAGAAGAUCUGGAUGCACUGAAGGAAAAGUUCAGAACUUUGGAAUCUAGUCAAAAGACUUCGUUUAGUGACAUUCCAAAGCUAAAUGAAGACCUCCUUGCAGUCCAAAAAGAUCUUGCCAACUUAGACGCUGGAGACAGAGGGAUUAGCAAAAUAUGGACCAACAUCACAGAGCUGAAUAAGCAAAUUAGCCAACUGAAUUUAGCUGUUGCCCAUCUCAAAGCCAAUGUUAAAUCAGCAUCUGACUUGAUCAACCUUCCAGUCACUGUGGAACAACUCCAGAAGAGUGUCGCAACAAUUGGAAGCACUCUAACCAGUGUCCAACAUGAUGUUGAUACAAUACAGACUGCUUUUGAGGAUCAAAAGAAGGUAGUGGAGACUCUUCAGCAAAAUAAGGAUAUCUUGGACCUGCAUGAUGAAGUAGAUGAGGUGAAUGCCACCCUCCUAUUUUACCAUGCACACAAUGAUGAAAAGCUGCAUCACAUAGAUUUUGAAGUUGGUAAUCUCAGCCAGAGAGUUACGCUACUGGAAAAAAAAUUACUAAUUACUAGUAAUGUGACUAAAAUCGAGAAUGUAAAUGGCACCGUAGUGGCUCAGAUGAAUAACUCUCAAGAGAUAGUGGAUUCAGAUCACCAGAUUACUGUCAAAGUACAGAAACCUUCAGGAUUAAACAAUCAUAGCAGUCAAGUGUCAAACCUUAGGGAGAGGUUGAAGGUUAUGGUGAAUGCCUUGACUAGCAAACCAGAAAAUGUAGGUGAUACAAAUGCAAUCAGUGGUCAAGGUAAUACAAGUUCAGUUACCACAAUGAAACCUGUAUUGUCUUCCACACUUCCAGUAAAAGCAGGACCUAAAAAAAACAGUAAAAGGAAUGUCAAAUUAAAACAUCUUUCUUCACCUGGAAUUAGCAAUUUGAAAGCUCUACAAGAUCUCUUCCUUAAAUCUAACGAUAGCCAACUCUCUUAUCAAGAUCUCUACAAUUUAUUUGGGAUCCAAACCCCUAAACCUGAAGAACUUCAGCAGUUUGAUUCGAAUAAAGAUGGAAGAUUUUCUCAAACAGAACUCAUGAAUGCAUUUACUCCAUAAGGGGACAAGGGUCGGAGAAUAUCAAAUCUAUUUGGACCGAUGGAGUUUUUUAAAAACUGAAGUACUGACUUCUAAUUGCUACAAUUGCACCUUUUAAACAGUAUUUCACUAUUGUGCAAAAUUUCCUUGUAUCCCAAUAGAAUAGAAAUUCCUAACAUGUUAGCUUUGGGCUUUCCCCACUUUUUUUAUGAAUCAUUCUACAAUAUCCUACUUGAGUAAGUAAUGAAACAUCAAAGUGAAGUAGCUAAUCAAACUCAUUGGAGGUUCACAAACUAGUACAAUACAGGUUUUCAUUAAUUUGAUCAAGACAAAAGUGAAUUUGUUGUUGUGCUUUGAGCCUUUACUUGGUGCUGAAGGAAGGAGGUGAAAAAGAUUUCCUUUGUGAUCUCAAAUUUCAUGUAUAUGGUAAUCACCUCUGUCCCAUCAACACAUUAAUCUAGAAGUUUCAGAAACUUUCAAUAUUCUCAGUGGAGGAUGCAAAACCAUUUUAAUCACCCUUGACAAACGUUUAGUGUGUACAUCUGACUAGUUGAAGGCAAAAUGUUGGAGAGAUUUAUGACUACUGUUAUUUUAGGAUUGCCCUUUGCUAAACUCUUGCAGGACAUGAUCAGCUCUGAAUUUGUGAGGUUCAACAACUUGGGUACUGUAUAUAUAAUGCAGUAAAUAGAGCCACUUUUGUGCAGGUAAAUAAGACUGCUUUCAUGUUGCUUCUGUGCUGUGUUCAUGCUAGUGGAGAAAGUGAAGUCUGCAGAUGCUGGAGAUCAGAGCUGAAAAUGUGUUGCUGGAAAAGCGCAGCAGGUCA